UAGCUGUAUGUAUAUAUGAUAGCAGUACUGAAAUUAACAAACUGUUGUGGACUAACUUUUGUUUGUAUAUAUAAGGCUUCAGCGAGUCACAAUAAUAACAGAGAUUCUAGAGUUGUGUGGCUGGGAGACACCGAGCAGCUGUUGACUACUGGAUUCGGAAGUGGAAGAGAAAGAGAAGUGCUUCUUAGAGAUAUCCGUAAGCUGGAGGAUCCUGUAGCUUCCUAUUCAGGAGAUUCGAGUCUUGGAGUUUAUAUUCCUUUGUUUGAUCCUGAUACGAAUAUGCUGUUCCUAGUUGCGAAGGCUGAUACAGCUAUUUCAUUUUGGGAGGUUCUAGAUCGUGCUCCUUUUUUGCAAGAAGCUACAAAAUACCUUGGUGAAGUGCAGGCUAAAGGAGCUGCAUUAGUACCAAAACGAACUUUGGAAGUUAUGGAUGGAGAAGUUAACCGAUUAUUGCUUUUGGGACAAGAUUGCAUAGUUCCCAUUUCUUUUCAAGUACCUCGAAAAUCUUACAGAGAUUUCCACGAUGAUUUGUUUCCUGACACUUUUGCUGCUGAACCCUCUUUAACGGCAGCACAAUGGCAAGCUGGAGAAAAAGCCAAAGUUCUAAAAGUAAGUUUGAUGCCUUCAAAAAACCAAGAAACUUUAGUGAAAAUUAAUCACCUUCUAGGGUCAGGUCCUAAAAAGGAAGUAUUAAACUCUUCUAUGAAGACUAAUAUCACUGAUCAUGAAGAAGAAGAAAAGGUUUCUUGCAACAGUGAACUUCAAAAUGAAAAAUCUAAAGACCCGAGUGCAGUUUCAAAACCUGUACCUGCAAGAAAGCCCUCUCCCCCUGUGAAACCUAAACCUGUGAGUACAAAUGUUAAAUCUGAUCUUAAAGCUCCUUCUCCUAUUCUGACUCCUAAAUCAGCUCAAAAUGUGCAUCCUUGUGAUAAGGAUGAAAAGGUUUCAAAUGAUUCUGAGAAAUCAGAUGUACCUCUACCAGUUCGCAGACCUGCUCGUACAUUUGGAAUGCGUGUUUCCAAGUUUCGUCAUUUGAAUGGUACAGUCUUCAAUAAGGAGUAUCAUAUUACUGAUUUAGCAACUCUUACAAGAACCAUACCAGGUGAAUGCAAUGGUUUUGAUGCCAAUGAAAAACGAGUGGCUGUUCCAAUAGGAGCUGCUGGUAAUUUUUUGGCAAUUUUAGAGCUGUGCAAUACUGGGCGUGCACCACCAGCAGCAGAUAUGCCUGGUAUUUUAACUGGAGCAAGUAUCAUGGAUUUUGCUUGGGAUCCUUUUGAUUCAAAUCGUCUUGUUGUUGUUUGUGAUUCCGGAGAUGUGCAGGUAUGGAUUAUACCUGAAGAAGGUCUUUUGGAAAAAUUAGAAGAGCCAGCCUUUUCUUUUAAAGCUCAUUCAGAAAAAAUCAAUAUAGUAAAAUUCCAUCCUUGUGCAAAGGGUAUUAUUGCAACUGCAUCAUCAGAUCUUACUAUUCGUAUAUGGGAUCUCGCAUCAGAAGAAGAAAAAAUUUGUCUAGUUGGAUUUUCUGAUCAAGUAAGAAUAUAA